AUGAACAAUGUAAAUACCAAGAGGAAACCCGGCAAGUUAAACGUAGUAGAGAAAUGCUUUACCACAAUCGCUGUCUUGGCUUGCCUUUCCUUUGUCUCCGCCGAACCUCCAGUACCCCAAAACAACUAUUUGCCUCCCAACCAGCAACAGCAGCCCAAUAGCAACUACCUGCCACCCUCCAACUCGUAUCAGGCUCCCAACAGCAACUAUUUGCCCCCCAAUCGUGGUGGUGCUGCUGGCGGCGCCCAAGCUCCCUCCAACAGUUAUGGUGCUCCCGCUGUAACCGGUGCCAUUUUCCCCAAACAAGGCGGUGGCGGUGCUGGCGGUUAUGGUGGCAAUCAACAAUCCAAUGGUUAUGGUGCUGCUGAGGAAAAUUACGGUCCUGCCAAAUACGAAUUCAAAUAUGAUGUCCAAGACUACGAGUCCGGCAAUGAUUUCGGUCAUAUGGAAUCUCGUGAUGGUGAUUUGGCUAUUGGCCGUUACUACGUGCUCUUGCCCGAUGGCCGCAAACAAAUUGUCGAUUAUGAAGCUGAUCAGAAUGGUUAUCGUCCCACCAUCCGUUAUGAACAAGUGAAUGGCGGUCAAGGUGCUGGCGCUGGCGGUCGUGGUGGCUACAACAAUGGCGGUGGUUAUGAUAGCAACGCACAACAACAACAAGGCAAAUUUGGUGGUUAUCAAUAAGGCUAACAAAGAUUUUUAAAUUUAGGCUUAAACAAAACAAGAGAUUUUAUUCUAUCACAUUUAGUCGUUAUGAAUUUUGUAAUAAUUUAGUUUUAAACUCACUCAUCAGAAGUUAGAAGGAACAAAGAAAAGC